AGCAUUGUUGUAGUUGGUUUCUUUUUGGGGUUGAGUUUGGGUUUGGGUUUGGAGUUGUUGUUUGGAUGGACGAGGGAUUGGUUGAUGUUGAUGUGUCUGGCCAGUGUGGUUGGGAAGUGUAUGGGUGUUUGGAGAGAUCGACGGGCGCCCUUUAUACACGAUCUGCUGAGCAUUUGUCCUUGGUUUACAGGACCUCCUUGGCCAGCGAAGGCGUCAGACACUGCCGCUCUUCCAUCUAGAACAAUGAUAUUGACGAUUUAGCGUCGUCGCAGAUAAGGCAAGGUGGUAGAAUGUCGAACCAAGGUGCCCAACUCAGGCACCACGGGGGCGGGCACCAGUGCCAGUAUCCGAGCAGGAGCAGCUCCUUCGUCUGAUGCGAGGAGAGACAUUGUUUGGUGAUAUCAAAUAUCCAGGCAAGGGCAAGGGGUUAGUUAGUAUGUGCAAGGUUUCUCCAAGAAAAGUUUUCUCCUCUUCCUCUCUCCUGCUCUCCCCCCGUGGGCUAUGUUUUGGUUACAACUCCUGCGAGUGGAAGGGUUACGAAAGGACGGGCACGUUGGUACGACCUGGGAUUGUGAUGAUGCAGGUACAGAAAAGAUUGAUGAAUAGCGGUGGUACCGUUGCAUCCGUGAUUGACAAUUAUUUGCUAGGAAACGUGAUAUUUCACCACAGGGCCCGGUUCGAAUGGUACUACAACGAGAGCACUCUGUGGUAACAUCUCAAAUACCGAGAUAUGGAAGGGAAAAUGAUGUUUUGAUUGAUUCCAUUGAGCAUGUGGUCAUCUGUCAACCUGUCAAGCAGCGCCACCAGGCCACACAAAAUUCAUUUCGAGGCGGGAACGGCGCGCGAGGGCUGAGACGUUUCCGUUGCACCCGUCAUGUUGAGAUAUUGUCAAUUGCGGCUGCUUCUACGAGGGAAGAGGAGAACGUCACAUCGCCAAACGAUUUCUUCCAAAUUGUGUGUUUCUUGUUCAUUGUUCCUACGGUCAGGAUCCCAGGCUGAGCAAAUGCGAGGGAGGCGUUUGAGGUUGAUGUCAGGAGCGAGGUUACCGACACCGGCGACCUGACGAAUUCAAUCUCUGAGUGGACGGAGCUGUAGCUUUGUCUGCCAUCGUGAGAGAUUCUGGACUACCAAGCCAGGGAUAAGAUGAAGGACGUCUUCCCCCACAUCCCGACCAAGGUCAAGAGGAA